AUGGCAAAAGAGAGUGAGCUCUGCACAGAUGUGGAUGAUUUGGUGAAGCAUUAUUUCUUGCCCGUUGGAUAUUCCCUGGUCUUCAUUGGGGGACUGUUGGGGAACACGACUGCAAUAGUCGUGUAUGUGCUGAAGUUUCACCCAUGGAAGAGCAGCAGCAUCAUUAUGGUCAACCUGUCUGUCAUAGACCUAUUAUUUGCCUUGAGCAUGCCCUAUCUCGUCUAUUACUACAGCAACGGGGACCAGUGGGCACUUGGUGACUUCAUGUGCCGUUUCGCACGCUUUGUUUUUCAUUUUAACCUGUAUGGGAGCAUCAUGUCACUCAUGUGUAUUGCUGUGUUCCAGUACGUGGUGGUGAUGCGUCCCCUGUGGACGCCUUGGGUGCAGCAGAAACAUUGGGGCCUCCUGGCUUCUGCUGUUGUGUGGAUCAGAACUGCAGCGGAGGUCACUCCAAUACUCACUUUGAUUGAUAUGAGAGAGGGAGACAAUCAGACCUAUUGUCUGGACUUUGCCAGCACCACUGAUGUGGAUGCCAUUUGCCUGUACAGUCUGCUCAUCACAGCCUUUGGAUAUGUGCUUCCUCUGCUCGUGGUCUUCAUAUGUUACAUUCGGAUUGUUGUGCAGCUACAUAAAGGGCCUCAAACCAGCAGCACCUCUCAGAUACGGUCUCAGCGAGUUGCCAUUCUCAUCCUGGUGGUGUUUGUGCUGUGUUUUCUGCCCUAUCACAUCCUGCGUGCACUGCGCAUUGAAACACGCAACAUGCCACACCUUUCAUGUACACUGAGAAACACAGUGCAUGCAGCCUACAUCAUCUCCAAGCCUUUGGCUGCAUUCAACACCUUCUUCAACCUGGUUCUGUUCACUCUGUUAGAAGAAGUAUUCAAAAAGGCCUUCGUCAGUGUCUUCUCCUGCCAACGCUGGCUGAGAAAGAGCACCUCUCUGGUGAACCUGGCUUUCAUCAGUCCAGCCUGUCCAGCACUGACGGAGCAGAGGAGUAACAGCUCAACACUUACUGUCCCAUAG